GAUACAAUAAUAACUUGUACGGUCUCAAACAGAGUACGGAGAAGAGCAGCGGUCGGUAGUCGAGAUCUGCUGCGUCGCAGAAGAAUCACACUAAAACCUGAUCAGAAAAAAACAACUCAAAAUCUGUCAGACCAUCGGAGAAGUGAACUCGAACGAGCCUGAGAGGAAACGGAGCCUUUGUUUUCAGAAGCAGCAGGGAGCCGAACCGGAGGAAAGAUGAUGAGUUUUCUGCCAUACUUCUCCGCUGAGACCUGGACCCUCCUGGCCCUCCUCAUCACCCUCAUUGUAGUGUACGGGUACUGGCCCUAUGGUGUAUUCACUAAGAUGGGUAUCCCUGGUCCCAAACCCCUACCUUACUUUGGCACAAUGUUGGAGUAUAGAAAGGGUUUCACUAACUUUGACACAGAGUGCUUUCAGAAGUACGGGAGAAUCUGGGGGAUCUAUGAUGGGAGGCAGCCUGUUCUGUGUACCAUGGACAAAAGCAUAAUCAAGACCGUCCUGAUUAAAGAGUGUAACAACAUCUUCACCAACCGCAGGAACUUACGUCUGAAUGGCGAGAUGUUUGAUUCGUUGUUCGUUGCCGAGGACGAUACGUGGAGACGGAUCCGCAGUGUCCUCUCACCUUCCUUUACCUCUGGACGACUGAAAGAGAUGUUUGGUAUCAUGAAGCAACACUCUGCUAACCUGCUGAACGCAAUGAAGAAGCAGGCAGAUAAAGACCAGACCAUCGAAGUGAAGGAGUUCUUUGGGCCCUACAGUAUGGACGUGGUCACCAGCACAGCUUUCAGUGUGGACAUUGACUCUCUGAACAACCCUUCAGACCCUUUCGUCUCCAACGUCAAGAAGAUGCUCAAGUUUGACCUGUUCAACCCACUGUUCUUACUAAUCUUUUUGUUUCCCUUCACUGGUCCUAUCUUGGAGAAGAUGAAGUUUUCUUUCGUCCCGACUGCGGUGACAGACUUCUUUUAUGCCUCGCUGGCUAAGAUCAAAUCUGGACGUGAUACUGGGAACUCAACUAGUCGGGUGGAUUUCUUACAGCUGAUGAUCGACUCUCAGAAAGGCAACGACACAAAGACAGGAGAGGAACAGACUAAAGGACUGACUGAUCAUGAGAUCUUGUCUCAGGCCAUGAUCUUCAUCUUCGCCGGCUACGAGACCAGCAGCAGUACUAUGAGUUUCCUGGCCUAUAACCUGGCAAACAAUCCCCAUGUCAUGACCAAACUGCAGGAGGAGAUAGAUACUGUGUUCCCCAACAAGGCUUUAAUCCAGUACGAAGCUCUGAUGCAGAUGGACUAUUUGGACUGUGUGUUGAACGAGUCUCUGAGACUGUACCCCGUCGCCCCGCGACUGGAGAGGGUCGCCAAGAAGACGGUGGAGAUUAACGGCAUCGUCAUCCCCAAAGACUGCAUUGUCCAGGUUCCCACGUGGACCCUCCAUCGUGACCCAGAGAUCUGGUCUGACCCUGAGGAGUUCAAACCAGAGAGGUUCAGUAAGGAGAACAAGGAGUCUAUUGAUCCGUACACGUACAUGCCAUUUGGUGCGGGGCCCAGGAACUGUAUCGGGAUGCGUUUCGCUCUGAUCAUGAUCAAACUGGCCAUGGUCGAGAUCCUCCAGAGUUUCACUUUCUCCGUCUGCGACGAGACCGAGGUGAGACGCUCACCUGAGACAUCAUCAAACAUCAGUAUCAUUUAUAGAUAGAGGCUGCACUUGCCG